CCGGCUGCCGUGUCGGAGGAGCUGCGUGAAUGAGCUGCUGAGGCGUGCAGCUCCAGCUCCUCAGGAGAGGAAUAAAUCCAGAGUCCAGAACCCUGCAGAAGCAAGCUGUGAGAAUAGUUAGAUUUAAAAAUGGUUGUAGAGGAUGAGAUGGAGUCCAAUGUUACGGAGCCGGAGAGCUUUUGGGAUAACCUCCAGGAGAUGGACGCCGUGUGGACCACCACCGUUCUCCUGGUGCCAUGUGUAGUCGUGCUGACAGCUGGACUUUUCUACCUCUAUGGCGCCGUUAUCAGUCUGUUCUCCAAAACCACAGUACGCAACAAGGUGGUGCUUAUAACCGAUGCUCUGUCUGGACUUGGAAAAGAGUGUGCAGGUGUGUUUCACAAAGGAGGGGCGAGGCUGAUCCUCUGUGGGAAAAGCUGGGACAAACUGGAGCAGCUUGCUGACGACUUGGCGAACGCCUCAGACCCCACUGUGACGUUUCCUCCCAAACUGGUGCUGCUGGAUUUCGGAGACAUGGACAGCAUGCCGGAGGUGAUCGCAGAGAUCCUGGAGUGUUACGGCUGCCUGGACAUCCUCAUCCUCAACAGCAGCAUGAAGGUCAAAGCGCCCGCACAGAGUGUGUCUCUGGAGAUGGACAAGUUACUAAUGGACAACAACUACUUUGGGCCGGCCACUCUGGCCAAAGGUGUGCUGCCCUCCAUGAUCUCCAGGAGAACUGGUCACCUGCUGCUGGUCAACAGCAUCCAGGGGAAACUAGCUGUGCCUUUUCGCACUACGUAUGCGGCCUCGAAACAUGCAGUUCAGGCCUUCUUUGACUGCCUGAGAGCUGAAGUGGAAGAGUAUGGCAUCUCUGUCAGCACCAUCAACCACACCUUCAUCAGCCCCUCCUCAUCCGACAACAUGGCAGCCUCCUCCAACUCCAACUGGUCAUUGUUGUACACUCAGAAACCACUCGGCGUUUCUCCAGACGAGGCAGCGACCGAGAUCGUGAAGACUCUGAACAAUAAGAAGAGAGAGGUGGUAAUUGCUCCCUCGCUCCCCAAGGUGGCCAUCUACGCCAGGUCCUUCUUCCCUAAUGUGUUCUUCGCUGUGAUGGCCGCAGGAGUGAACCACGCCGCUGCCUCUGAGAAGAUGUAGAGCUGCCGCCACACAGCGAGCAGCCGCACACUAAUGAUGAGGAUAUUCAUGAGGGGGGGACACAGAUCAGCGGAGACGUUGGAAAUGAAGGCUGGAAAUGACAGCGAGGUCUACGAGUGUUUGCCAUCCAUGCAGGGAAUCUAAAAAUAACAUGAUAAUCUGUUGUUUGUGUGUAUUAAUGCUUGUCCUGUCUCUCCUUUCAAUCUUAUGAGCUACAAAUUAAGAUGUGAACCUCCAGACUGCAUUUAAACCAUCUGAGUUUUGGUCUUAAAUGUAAGGACAAACCAUCUUUAGUUGUAAUGAAAUCCAAAGCACACCACGUAUGUAUAAGUGUACACAGUUUUCCAUCGUUUCUCCAUCAGAAAGAAUCAGCUUCUGUAUAUUUUACAGGUCAACAUAUAUAAAAUGAUCAUCUGACUGCAGAAUUGACAUAAUGUAAUAUCAUAAUGGUCAGUUGUUGUGUAUAAUCCUGUUUUUGUGGGCUUGAUAACAUU